UCUGCAGGAAGCUGUUAGUCUAAGAUUGUACUGUUCACUGAGCAUGCUCAGUUCAACCUAAACUGUCACAGUUCAACAUGUGUGACAGUAAAUGUUUGACUGGAGUGUUUGUGGUCAGAGUUUAGUCCUUCAGGAGCCUUGCAAUCGUGCACAAUGACUUCAGCAGGAGGAGGAUCGUCCAUGCAGGUCCACGCGGUCCGGUUCGGCCCGGGUCAGGAGCUGUUUGGGUCUCUGCAGGCUUUUGUGGAGGAGAGGCAACUCAGGGCGCCGUUCAUCAUCACCUGCGUGGGCAGCGUCACCAAGGCCACACUGCGGCUGGCCAACGCCACGGCCUCAAACACAAAUGAGGUGAUCCACCUCAGCGGCCGGUACGAGAUCGUCUCCCUCGUCGGUACACUGAACCCAGAGGCCCACCUCCACAUCUGCCUGGCGGACGCAGAGGGCCACACGGUCGGAGGUCACGUGCUGGGAGACCUGGAGCUGUUCACCACGGCCGAGGUGGUUGUCGGCGAGGCGGACGACCUGCUGUUCGCCAGAGAGAUGGACGACAGGACGGGCUUCCCUGAGCUGGUCGUUAAACCGCGUUCACAGGGCGAGAGCAAGGAUCCCACGGGUCCUUGAAAGUUUGUCUGGGAUCUUUGGAAAAAAACGGCUAUUCUCAUGAAUAAAAAUAUAAAAGAUUCUUACAUUUGUAACAGUAGACAACUCUGAUCCACAACUAUGCUGUACUGAACUGAAAUAUAUGAGCUUUAAACAUUCUUAAAAAGUC